AUGCAGACACAGUUUGAAGCAUUAGAAAGUAAGUUAGUUUUAGAUGCUGGUUGUGGCCCUGGUAUGUUAUCAUGUGGGGCAUCCUUAUUGGGUGCAGGGACAGUUACAGCAGUAGAUAUUGAUGGAGAAUCUCUUGAUAUUUUAAAAGAAAACAUUGAAUGUACAGAAGUUGACAAUAUAGAUAUUAUUCAAUGUAAUUUUCUUUGCCCUGAAAUGUACAGGUGUGAAAAUUAUUUUGACACAGUUGUGAUGAAUCCUCCAUUUGGCACAAAGAACAACGCAGGAAUUGAUAUGAAGUUCCUUAAAAUGGGCUUAGAUUUAAGCUGUGAUAGUGUUUAUUCGUUACAUAAGUCGACUACAAGGUCUCACAUACAGAAAAGAAUCAAAGAAUGGGGAGCAAAGGGGAGUGUAAUAGCAGAACUACGUUAUAACAUAAAAUCUUCAUACAAGUUCCAUAAACAACAAAGUAAAGAUAUUGCAGUAGAUCUAUGGAGGCUGCACCAUUCUUAG